AUUUCAAGCAGGGGCAAAAUAACAACAAUAUCUUAACAGAAAAUCUUAAUCGGAAUGCAUCUGGUACUCCACCUUACAGUAUGGACUUCGAUGGUAAUGGCUAUCAAUUUACCCGACAAGGAGGCUUUGUACCAAACGGCUAUUUUGGCUACCACAGAGGUCAUUGUUAAGCAGAUGGAGUUGUACAAUUAUGGAAAAGCUCUCAGCUCUCAAGUAAUUACGGAUAUUACCAAAAAUGUGACAAAGUCGAUUUUUUCAGGCAAGACGAUUAAGGAAAUGCUAUGGCAAAUGGUGAAAUGGUGUGAGGAUAACAGUUCAACCGACAUAUUUCAGAUUAAUUAUUGCAAAAAUCAGAGUAAUCGAGGUGAUAUCACAGCUAAUAAUAAUUAUGGUGACUUACAAUAUUCUGAUGAGGCCUAUGGCGACGAUGCCUACAACGCUGUUACGGAUGAACAAACCGAUAAGCCAGACGAAAACGGCCCAGACCCAGAUUACUUAGAGUAUGCAAGGUUUCUGGCACCCGCAAAUAUUACUACAACGAAACAACCAACUUUUGUUUCCAAUACUGGAAUUCAGAAACCGAUUACAAUUACUGAAGAUAAUACUAAAUACGAUGGACUUCACAGUUAUAUUUGUUUAAUUGAAAACGCACACCUGAAAUGUUAUGCCUACAGAUAUGACCCAGGUAGAGAUAUAUCUGUUAUUGAGCCGAAGCCAUUGAGACGUUUAGUACCUUAUCGUCCUCAUAAGAAUAAGACUUCCACUACGCCAAAAAAAAGACGAAAAUAAA